AUGGCAGGUGCUCAAUUAUACAAAACAGCAAGUGGACGUUUAUUUCAUGCUGGCGCAGUAGCCAUCAUCACAGUUGGUCUUCCUGCCAGAGGCAAAACGCACGUUUCAAGAUCGCUGUGUAGAUACAUGCGCUGGCUCGGUGUUUCUACCAAAGUAUUCAGCGUAGGCAACUACAGAAGAAAAUUGAUGGGCCCUAUUCCAAACGAAAUGUUUGAUCCUAACAAUGAUGAUGCUUACGGCCGCAGACUAAAGAUUGCUGAUGAUUGCUUGAAUGAUAUGAUUGAAUGGCUUCAGCAUGGAGGAGGACAGGUUGGCAUCUACGACGGCAAUAACAUCACCGAGGACAGACGCAGGGAGAUUCAUGACAAACUUGUGGCCUUGGAUAUUCAUGUUCUUUUCAUCGAGUCCAUUUGCAACAAACCAUCAUUGGUAUUGAAUAAUAUCAAGAGCGUUAAAAUAUCAUCACCCGAUUAUGUAGGAUGGGAUCCCGAGGAGGCUGUGAAGGAUUACACACACCGCAUUGAACAAUGUGAACUGCACUACAAGGUCAUUAGUGAUUUGACACUGCCCUUUGUAAAAUUGAUGAAUUUCGGCGAGCAACUGAUUGUGAACAAUGUGCAAGGCUACUUACAAUCUCGCAUUGUAUACUACCUCAUGAAUUUGCACAACCGACCCAGAACCAUCUACUUUGCCAGAGCCGGCGAGUCAACCAACCCAGGAUCCUUCAAAGUGGAUGCGGGUCUUUCAAAAGACGGUGAACUGUACGCCCAGAGACUGAAAAAGUUCAUCCUGGUAUACCGCGAAAAGCAAAGACAAGCAUCAGGAAAUACUGAGGAGAAUCAGCGUCCUUUGACAGUAUGGACAUCGACCCGCAAGAAGUCUAGACAGACGGCACUGCCUUUCCUAGAAGAAGGGCUUAUUGUGCGCCAGCAAUCCGUUUUAAAUCAAAUCAACCCUGGAGAGAUUGAUGGUUUGAACAAGGAGCAGAUCAAACAAAAGUUUCCAGAUGAGGUCGAGAGAGCAAAGGAGGAUCCCUACAGACAUCGCUAUCCAAGAGCUGAGUCUUACCACGAUUUGGCAGUGAGACUUGAGUCUGUCAUUAUGGAACUAGAGCGUGAAAAGAACGAUGUGCUGAUCAUUGCCCAUGAUUCCAUUCUUCGUUGCUUGUAUGCUUAUCUGUUUGAUAGGCCUGAUCACGAAAUUCCCUUCUUGUGUAUGCCCCGCCAAGAUUUAAUAAGCAUUGAACCUUCUGCAUACGGUUGCAAAGAAUCAAGAGUUGAAAUUGUUGACGUUUAA